UGCGUUCAGCUGGUAAAUUUCUGCUCUAAGCAAGUGCUUACGUAAUCUAAGUACAGUGUUGGCUACUCGAGGUGUAAUUUAACCUCAAUUUAUAUCGUCAAAAUCUAGUGAAUACAUGUAUUGAAACAAGAUAUGGAAAGCAGCGAGAACAUAGUUAGGGUGAAGCAUGAGCCAAAUGAUACUUGGACCUAUACAGGCAACGAUUAUAUUCUCGAUGCGGUGGACUCUGUUUUUGUCGAAGCAGAAAACAUUGAAACAAUUCCGUUUUAUGAAACACCAGUGAGUUUCAAAGAUGUAAAAACUGAACUCGAGUCUUUAGCGACGACCACCAGCCAAACUGAGUAUCAAAAUUUUCAACUUAUUGUAAAAAAAGAAUACAAAAAUGAGGUUGAUGACGUCAAUGAAAAUAUAUUCAUCGAUUUUGAGUGCAAACAUUUAAAAGUUGAACUGACUUCUCCAUCACCCACCAUCUGCAAAACUGAGUGUCAAAGUGAACACUCAAAUCAGAUUAAUGAUUUUAAAGACAAUUUUAAACUUGGAGAAUUCGAGAAGGCAAAAACAGUUGAUAAAAGAGCUCGAAUAACAUUAUCUCAAAAUUGUAAUUUGCUUCGAAGAACGUAUGAAAAAGAAGCGAGUCCAAAAAGACUGAUCAAGAUGACACAUAAAACCGUUAGACCAUAUGAAUGCGAAAUUUGCCACAAAUCAUUUGGACCCAGAGGUAACAUCAAAAGACAUAUGAAUGCAGUACAUGAUCAAAGCAAACCCUUUGAAUGUGAGAUUUGUCAUAAAUCAUUUGGCCGCAAGGAUCGCCUUAAAUCUCACUUAACUGCAGUACAUUAUCUUAGCAAACCCUUUGAAUGUGAGAUUUGUCAGAAAUCAUUUGGAUACCAGCAUACAUUAAAAGGUCAUAUAAACGCAGUACAUUUUCGAAGUAAAGCCUUCGAAUGUGAGAUUUGUCAUAAAUCAUUUGGACGAAAAUGGGACCUCGAAUCUCACAUAAGAGUAGUACAUGAUCAUAGAAAACUAUUUGAGUGUGAAAUUUGUCAUAAAUCAUAUGGACAAAAAAAUAACCUCAAUGUUCACAAAAAUGCAGUACAUAAUCGGAGCAAACCCUUCGAAUGUGAUAUUUGUCAAAAAUCAUUUGGAUACCAGCAUACAUUAAAAGGUCAUAUAAACGAAGUACAUUUUCGAAGUAAAGCCUUUGAAUGUGAGAUUUGUCAUAAAUCAUUUACACGAAAAUGUAACCUCGAAUCUCACAUAAGAGUAGUACAUGAUCAUAGAAAACUAUUUGAGUGCGAAAUUUGUCACAAAUCAUUUGAACGGAAUCAUCGCCUCGAAUCGCACAUAAAAGUAGUACAUGAUCGUAAUAAACCCUUUGAAUGCGAGAUUUGUCACAAAACAUUUUCAGGAAAGGGUAAUCUUAAUAGACACUUCAAAAGAUUCAAAUCUCACGUAAAUGCAUAAAUUUACAAUUUAAUUACACCAUCGUAAAAGCCAAUCGAAUGCAAGAAUGGUUUCAAGUCAUUUAAACACAAUGAAGAUUUAUACACGCCCACAAAUAAAUAUACUCUGGAAAAUCUUUCACAUGAAUAUUUUU